AUGCGGAAAGAGUAUGCUAAUUGGAAACGAUUGACCAAGGAAACCGGGUUAGGAUGGGACCCUCUGAAGAAGACAUAUACUGCACCUGACUCUUGGUGGAAGAAGGAAAAUAAGGUAUAUAAAGGAAUUGUCAAGUUCAAGGAUGGUCCUCUUCAGCAUGAAGAUUUAAAGACCAUUAUGUUUGAAGAUAUUUGGAACACGGGAGAUGAUCAUUGGUCUCCUUCAAGUGGUGCUGCACCUAACACUCAAGAGACUGAACCUGAUGAUGACAAAGAUGAAGAUUACAAGGCUAACGAAGCCAGUGAUGAUUGUCAUGAGAUCUCCCCUGAACCUUCCAAAGGAAAGCGGCCUGCACCUACUAGCCAAAAGGAUAAGGGUAAAAAACCAAAGACUCCAGGAGGACAUUGGGUGCAGGAUCAACUGAACAAGCUUGUUUCCAUGAGCGAGAGGCUGCCUCAUAUGUCUUCUUCUGAUAGUGGGAUGGAAGUGUCUCAGAAGUGGAUGAUCUGGAAGUCAUGUGGCUGA